UCACUAAAAUAAACUGACCCAAAUAUCAACCAUGGCCUGGAAUUUCACUAAAACUUCCCUCUUGCUCCUAAUUUCAAUUUUUACAAUUGCCAUAUCAAGAACAAUAAUAGCAAGUGAUCCUAACAUCCUUUCAGAUUUCAUUGCCCCUGAAAAUCAAACCUCUGUUGAUGCCAAUUACUUCACAUACACCGCGAUGCACGGUAUAUUUCAAAAAUCUAUUGAUACAGUUACUACAACAAAGGCUACAAAAGCAGAAUUUCCAGCUCUUAAUGGUCAAGGAGUGUCCCUAGCUGUACUUCAAUUCCCUCCGGGUUCUGUAAACCCGCCCUACCACUCUCGCGCUACUGGACUCUUUCUCCUUCUUGAAGGCGUUUUAGAGGUUGGUUUCGUCGAUACAAAGGAUGUUUUGUAUACCCAGAGACUAAAAGCAGGGGACAUUUUUCUUUUCCCUAAGGGACUACAACACUAUCAGUAUAAUUUUGAUCAUAAGAAAACAGCAGUUGGUGUAGCUGCUCUUGGUAGUGCAAGUCCUGGCACUGUUUCAUUGCCAUCCUCAAUUUUCAGUAGUGGAAUUAGUGAAUUGGUACUUGCUAAGUCAUUUAAGACUGAUGUUAAGACAAUUAAGAAGAUCAAAGCAACAACAUCAACACCCCGAUGUCAAGGCUUUCUCCAGAUUGUCAAAACGUAUGCGGGAUUUAAAUUUAAUGCGUUCAAUUUUUAAACAUUCGUACCAUUGUAUUUAUUGUACUGUUAAAAGUAUGGAUUUAGAUUUAAUAUUUCUUCAUAUUUUAGUUGGUUUUUCAUAUAUAUGUAUACAUAUAUAUCUGUACUUGUCGAAGGUGGGAUUCAAGAUGAAUCUGUAGGCAAAAGACUACAUCUGCCGCUGCAGAUUGUACAAGUGUCUUAAUUAGUCAAGUAUUGACUAUGCUAGAUCAAGAAAAUUAGUUGGUUUAAUGUUUUGUUCUGAUUGUUUGAGUGUUUUGAUUUAGUUGGGGAGAAUUCUUUGGCGGUUUGUUAUGAGAGAAUUGUUUUUGGUUUUACAACAAUAAAACCUGCUUUGGUUCCAAGGUGUUUCAUGUGAUACGUGGGGACGAAGUGGAUAGUCACUACACUGAAUUGGUUCGGUCUGUGCAAGUUAGCAGGCAUCGAGUGUUGUGACACAUCUCAUCCCAUUUUGUGGCAUGAAUUUAACCCUCUUUUCCUUCUGUUUUCCUUUGUAUUGUCCCUUAGAAAUAUUCAACAUGAUGAAGUUUACAGUAUACAUAUAUCAGCAAGUUGUUGACAAGGUCAUAUUUUAACUUCCUCAGCAAACAGAUAAGAGGGGGGGGAAAGAGAAACUUUUUGCAGUCUUGAAGGCAUUUCUUAAAGAUCUGAUAAAUGAGACUUAAUAGUAGA